CUGCCAAACAAACCCAUGUAUCUUAGCCUUACGCAAAAUUACCUUUCGUCAAACAUUCAAGUUUUGUAACUGUCCCACAUGUGUGGGACGAUGAAGUUUUUAUUGGGUGUUAAUAUGCGGAAGCGAUCGCGGUUUAAACUUUUAAAAUACCUAGCUGUCGCUGGAUUAAUAACGCUUUUAGUUAUCUUUGCUUUCAACGACACAUUACUUUGGCCAUCUCUUCCGAAGAAGACUCCAACACCUAAAAAGCUCCAUGAUGUGAUCUCACCGUCAACAUACAGAUUCAUUCUGAACCAGCCAGAACUGUGUGAGAAGAAGAGUCCUUUCCUGGUUCUUAUGAUCCCAGUGACUCUCAAAAGCAGAGAGGCUAGGACUGCUAUUAGAAGGACAUGGGGCCAACAUGGCUUGAUUCCUGGUGUGGAUAUUUUGCAUUUGUUUGUCGUUGGUCAGCCCGCACAAAGCGACCCAGUACUGCAGGAGCACAUUGAGAGGGAGAGCAAUGAAUAUGGUGACAUUAUUCAAAUGGACUUUGUGGACAGCUACCAUAAUCUCACAAUCAAGACAAUGAUGAUUAUGAACUGGAUAGCCACUUACUGCCAGGGUGCCUGGUAUACCAUGAAGAUCGAUGCAGAUGUCUUUCUCAAUGUGCGAUACCUGGUGGACUACCUGCAUGGUCAAGACAAGUCCUCAAGGAAAGACUACAUCACUGGAUCGGUCAUCUCAGAUGCUGUUCCUCACAGGGACAGUUACAACAAAUGGUAUAUCCCAGAGGAUCUUUACCCAGACACCUGGUAUCCUCCAUACGUGUCUGGAGCUGCAUAUGUCUUUUCCACUGACCUGGCCAGAAAAAUAUUAUGGGCCUCUAGAUUUGUGCUGCCAAUUCCACUCGAAGAUGUUUAUGUGGGGAUGUGCCUUCAAGUCCUGGGUGUAAAACCAGUUUACGCAACACGAUUUCUGGGACUUAGGAAUCUUUUUGAGGUGCGCAGGCUUAGUUAUGAAAGGUGCACUUUUUCCAAGCGCAUUGUAGUGAAUGGCUUUAAUCCACAGAAUCUUCUCCGCAUUUGGCAUGACUUUCAGAAGUCUCCAUCUACAUGUUGAUACAGACUAUUCACCUUCAUCAAACUAAAAUCCUAAAAUUGUAUUAGAAGUACACUCCAUUUCUUAAACAAGCUGUGAUUCAGCACUUACACAUGCAAGAGAGAACAAAAUACAGUUUCAAAUGGCUAAGAACA